CCACGACGCGAGCCGCACGUGAGAGAAGCCGCCGCCGCCUUCCCUUUUGCUGUCGCGGCUUCCAAAUUCUUCUUCUUCCUUGCCUCCACCAUUCCAUCGUCAUCUAUCGAUCUAUCCCAUCAAAUCCCGUGAAGGAAUCUAGCGCGAGAUGCAAGCUGUGCGAGCCCUUGCGCUGCAGCACCUGCGGCUCCGCGCGCCGCCCUCCGUCGCUGCCCGUGUAGGCGGCUCGGGGCCGGCGGCGGUGGCGCAGUGCUGGUUCGCUCGGGGGAUGAGCGCGCCGGCGGACGGCGGCGGAGACGGUGGCUCCGGCUCCGAUAGCGCCGUCAGGGCGCGCGUCGUCGAGCUAGUCAGGAAGUUCGACAAGAUCGACGCCGACAAGGUGACUGAGAUGGCAGAUUUCCAAAAGGACCUGAGCUUGGACAGCUUAGACCGGGUGGAGCUUGUUAUGGCUUUUGAGCAAGAGUUCUCCAUCGAGAUCCCUGAUGACAAGGCUGACAAGCUUACCUGCUGUGCCGAUGUUGCAAAAUAUAUCAUAUCAGAAUCUCAAUCCAGUAAUAAAAAUGCUGGUAGCUCCUGAGCCACCAACUGGAUGGCAUGAGAGGUGGUGCCAUAUGGCUGGACCACGUCACUGCAACCUGUGAACCGUGGCCUGUGCUAUGGAAGAGAAUGAGCCAGGAUAGCACCCGCCUUAUCCUUUCCUCUUGCUCCUGGAC